AUGGCGGUCGAAAACGAUGAAACACGAACGAACAGAACCACCGCGGUCGAAGACGACGACCAGAAACAGCGGAAACAUGAACGGAAACCACCGCGAUUGAAGACGACGACCGGAAACGGCGGUCGAAGAACCUUCGUGAAUGGAAACGUCGAUGAUGGUGGCUGGGAAACGGCGGUGGUAACAUCCGCCGCCGGCUGCACGAAGACGGAGACGUUUCCCGCAUUAUACCCAAGAGCUUGGACAGUAUAUGAGGGGCAUAUAUCAGGUGUGAUGAUUUUUGUUGAUACAAGUGGAGAAUCCUUAAGGAAAAUGCAAAAUUCUGGGUUUAUUCAAAUAAUAAAUACUGCCUCAAAAGAUUUCACCUUGCUUUUCACAUGGGCUAAUUCCGUUGGAGGAUACAUAUUACCUCGUGCUAGGAGGCCUGAUGGCGUGCAUGGUGUGCUUCUACAUCACAAGACUGCAAGUGAGCAAUCUCUGCUCACAUUUGCAAUUGCAGCAGAAGAGACUGAAUAUGUUCAUAUCUCAAAAUGCCCUGUCUUUGUUAUAUUCGAUUCUCACAAAGGCAUCUCCGCGAAGGACAUGUGGCAUGAAGUUAAACAGGUUAUGGACCUGCUUUCAGAUUUUAUUGAUCUUUGUUUUUUUGAAAUGUCUAUGUUCGGUGUUAUUACCAUCAAGUUAUUCAUUCUUUAUUCAGGCUGUGUUGCCCCAUAUAAGCUAUCACUAUGCUCCAAGCAUUUUAUAACACAAGUACUUGAAGUUUCCUUUAUUUCAUUUUCCUUUUGUUGCGUGCCUGAUUUCUUCUUAUCAGUUAUCAUGACAAUGAUCAAUACCUGA